AUGCUAAUGAAGAUGGAACAAAUGAAUACGUCUAAUGAACUUGAUUCACGCUCUGUUGCAUCUAUACGAACCGGUUCAAGUAGCUCCGGUGGUGCACUAACGGAUAGUUUUAGUCCAAGGUCAAAUAAAUCACGAGAAAAUAGUGUACCGGUAGAGGAUGAUGAAGAUUUGGAUCUUUGGGCCAUUUGGGGAAAUUUAAUCAAAAAUUGGGAAGUGGAAAUUCGGAAAAGGCCAAAUUAUAUUAAG